AUGAGGAAAUCCAAAGCUAAUAAUGAUUUUCGUAUAACAAACAGCCGUGUACAAGCGAGUGUGGAAUUUAAUAAUAGUUGUGGACGCUACAAUGGAAGUGGAAUAGAGGAUCAUGGGCGAGUUCUUGCUACGUCCAUUAUCCUGAAUGAUGAUGCGGUUCCCACAACACAAGUCCUUAUUACUACAAGUCAUCAUGAUAAUGUAGCAAAGAGGAAGGAGAGCUUUAUCUCAUUUUUCAAACUACCUAUCAGAAUGCUUAUGUGUGAUCAUGAAGGGAUAAUAAGUCCAACGCUCACAUGUCUCACUAGUCACUUCUUCGGAAUUUAUGAUGGCCACAGAAGAAGCAGACCUGUUUCUGGUUCUGUUUCUUCUGAUGAUAGGAUGGUUCUUCAGGCUGUUUCCCCUGAGACCGUCGGAUCAACUGCUGUUGUUGCUUUGGUUUGCUCAUCACAUAUCAUAGUUUCCAACUGUGGUGGUUCAAGAGUGGUUUUACUCCGCGGCAAAGAAUCCAUGCCUUUAUCAGUUGAUCAGAAAGUAUAA